CAGACUAAACACCACAAUUAAGACUCUCUGUGAGGACAUACCAACGAUUCUUGGCGCUCCUUCCUCUCUACCUGUCCAACAGGUGUGACUGGUGCCGUCUCUGCUGAUUCACAAGCACAAACACAAGGCUCCCUUUAUGGUCAUCUAUGGGUGAGUGUCUGAGGAGAGUGUGCCCAUGCCUGGAAUCACUGUGGGACAGGAUUUUUGAAAAAAAGACUGAAGGCAGUGGUGGAGGAGGGGGAGGUGGAGGACUAAGUAGGGGUCAUGGGGUAGGCAGUGAGGAGGGUUCACCAAUCCCGGUCCCUGUGGUUCCUCCGAAACCAAAGCAGGAGAGAGCAAAUGACAGCAGCUCCAUCUACAUGGCUCUGUGGUCGUUUGACGCCCGGCACCAUGAGGAGCUGUCGUUUCAGGAGGGGGAUCUGUUCAGUGUGAUGAACCGGACCGGGGACUGGUGGAUGGCGAGGAGGAUCGAUAAGAACGGGCGAGUGUUGGACACUGGGAUCGUUCCAAUGAAUUACCUGACCAGAGCAGAGUCCCUACAGAUGCAGCCAUGGUUUUUUGGUACGAUGAACCGCUUCGAAGCCCAGAGUCACCUGAUGGCUCCAGGAAACGAUGAGGGAGCUUUCCUGAUCCGGAACAGUGAGAAAGAAAACAUCGGAUAUGUUCUUUCAGUGAGGUCCAGUAAUCGUGUGAGGCAUUUUAAGGUCCUCCAAACAGACGAGAAUAACUUUCAUGUGGACCACAGCCAUAACUUCAGCUCUCUGAUUGACCUGGUGGAGCAUUACAGCGCAAACAGCCUGAACAGCACAUGUAGACUGGGAAACCCCUGCAAGAGGAAAAAGCCUCAGACUCAGGAUCUGAAUCAUUUCACGGUGGACGACUGGGAGCUUCCUAAAGAGGAGUUCACUCUGGAGGAGGAGCUGGGCAGUGGAUAUUUCUCUGACGUUUACAGAGGACGCUGGAAAAACGUUAUUCAAGUCGCCAUCAAGAUUCUUAAAAGUGACUCAGAGUUAAAUCACCGGGAAUUUCAGAGAGAAGUCCAGAUCCUGAAGAGUCUCCGCCAUCGUCACCUCAUCUCCCUGUUUGCCGUUUGCACGUCUGAGAAACCGUACUACAUCAUCACUGAGCUGAUGGAGAAAGGCAGCCUGCUGAACUUCCUCAGAGGUCCAGAGGGGCGCAGUCUAGACAUCGCCGCCCUCAUUGACAUGGCUGCCCAGGUGGCUGAUGGGAUGUCAUAUCUAGAAGAGCAAAACAGCAUCCACAGAGAUUUAGCGGCUCGAAACGUCCUGGUAGGAGAAGACUACAUCUGUAAGGUGGCUGACUUUGGACUGGCCAGAGUGAUCAAGGAGCCAUUUUACAUCACAGAAGAUAAAAAGAUUCCCUAUAAGUGGAGCGCUCCUGAAGCCAUCAGCCACGGAAAGUUCUCCAACAAGUCAGACGUCUGGUCUUUUGGCGUCCUGCUCUAUGAGAUCACCACGUACGGAGGCGUUCCUUACCCAGGCUACAACAACCAGGAAACGUAUGAGCAGGUGAUCCGUGGAUACAGGAUGCCGGCUCCGGCCAAAUGCCCAAACUUCCUCUAUCAGAUCAUGCUGAAGUGUUGGAGCGCCGAGCCAGACGACAGGCCGGACUUCAAGACCCUCAAAGUCCAACUGGACAGCAGCUCCUAUGAGUUAGAGCAAGAGACAUAGGACUGCAGCAUGGACUCAUAGCCACAUGGGGGCGGCAGAGAGACUGUCCAUGAUUGAGCUCCUUUAAAAACAAACAAGAACUGAUUUUACAUGGAGAAGGACUCCGAUUGUGUUUGUUUACAAUGUCAAAGCCUGCAAAACCUGAUGUAUUUAAUUCAGCCCACUAUGUUUUUAACUACUGGUGAAUCUUACUAUCUUGUUUUGAUUUUUCAUGCCAAAAAAAUGUGCCACUUUAUUUAGAUGUCUGUAGUAUUACAGUACAGCAUUUUUGCUGGCAUCAGAAGCAACAAAUAAGGCCUGAAUUUUUAGUAAUAAAAGAGAAAAAUCUGCCAAAUCUACCUGGAGCUAACAGAACAGAUGUGCAGCUGAUGGUUUACUGUUUACAGCUCCACCUUCAGUGCAGUGAAGUGUUGUGGGAGUCGCAAAAGCUCAAACUGCUGAGCUGAAAUCAGCUGAAGUCAUUACAGGCUGAUGUCAUUAACUAAAGAACCUUUAAAAUUAAAAGUAUUACUUUUAUUAAAAGAAAAAUGAGGAAAAGGGAUAUUUUCAUUUUUAUCCUCAGAGAAUUUAAAUAAAAGAAUCAUAUUUAUUCAGACUUUGAGCUCAUGUCUUUAUAGAAAUGAGAAACUUAUAAAUAAUUUGGCAAGAUCAGAUUAUGAACCAGCAUCAACAUUCAUAUCUGGAACACGAGUGGGAUGUCUCACUACAACCUAGGAUAUAUAAAUCUCCAAAUCACAGAUUUUUUUUUUUUUUUAAUCACAAAAGUAACUACACCAUAUAGUUGUUUAAUAAGUUUUACGUAUUUAAAGACUGACAGUACAUCUGAAGUUGUGUUGUGUUCCACCACAGUGAAAGUAGAAGACUUAUCCACAGUACAUGUUCUCGUCUGACACUUUUUUGCCUUGUCUUCUUUUACAAAUUCAACCAAUCCAAACCAUUCAAAUGUCAAAAUAUCCAGCAAAAGCAGGACAUUAAUAGAGCAACUUUUUUAGUUCAUGUCAUUCAAACUUCCAGAGAGAUUCAGCAAUUUCCAAAAAAGUUGGAAGUGUUAAAAUGAAUGGGUAGAAUGUUCAAAACUGGUACAUUCUCAUAUUUUUUCACACUUGUUCAAUCCCUGAAAAGUCUCUCAUACUUCCACUUAAAAACUUCAGUCAAGAUUGAAAAUAUUCCCAAGACACAGGGCUAUUUCGGUAUGAAUCAGCCUCCUUAUAUCAUUCAGCAUUUCUUCACAGCAACCUUUUAAAGGUUCCUCAUCUUAUGUAUUUUUCAAUAAAUACAAGCAAUAAAUUAUUCUAAAAUCUAAUGUACACAUUAUAUGAUAUAAUAAACUAGGGAAAAAUGAUUUAGGCCUUAAACCAAUAUUUGAUCGGGAUUGUUUUGGCUCAUAUUGCAAAUUUGAUAUUAAUUGCUACAUAUUGAAGGGGAUGAUCAUUUUUAUGUCAAACUCAUUUUAAAUAAGAAAAACAUACACAUUAGUAAAGCAAGAUUUUUUAAUUUAAAACAGGAAUGUUUGCAUUAUGUGUAUAACAUCUCUGCUGCAAAAAAGUAUUAAACUGGUAUUUUGACACAUUUACUUUUGCGAUUUGUAAAUUGCAUUAGACCAUAUUGUGCUUGGAUCUACUUUACAAUGAAUUGCCCAGCCCUACUUUAUACUCUGGAAUAAAAUUUAUUUUUUCCAAUAUCUGAUAUGCUAAAAUUUACAAAUUAAUUUUGCCCAGUACUGACACCGAAUUGGAUAUUUAAAUGGGCUGGACUAUUAAUCGCAGAUUAGAUUAAAUCGCAAUAUGGCUUGCCGCAAUUUUCAAAUCGCAGAUGGUGCAAUAUUUCUUUAACCUGAAAUCUGUGUCAAAACACCAGUUUGAAACCCUAUUUUGAAGCAGAGAUAGUAUGCAUUACAAAUUCAAUCAUUCAAGUGCCAUUUUUUUAGAAUAAUCUACAAAAAAACUUACUUUCUUCAUUUUUGUACAUUUUUCUUAUUAGAUAUGAGAAUGAUGUAAAAAAUAUCAUACCCUUUAACACAACAAUUCAUAUCCAAUUUGCAAUAUGAGUCAAAAUCAUUACAAUUUGAUAUUUUUUCAAAAUUGUGUUGGUUAUUGGAUAGAAUGACUUAUUGCUUGUGUUUUCUGGAAAAUACACAAGAUGAAGAACUGAAGAAAUAAUUGCACUUUAAAUCUCAAUCGCAAUGUCAGGGAAAAAAUCACAAUUAGAUUAUUUUCCCAAAUUUUUCAGCCCUACUCUGGAGGGCAAUUUGUGACAUCCUGACCACUGGGAGAGACUCUAGACAGCCCUUUAUAACGUUUAUCUACUCUAACAGCAUCUGUGAGGGCACUUUCAUGGUGUUUUUUAAAUAAUAAUGUCCUGUCCAAGGCAGGACAUUAUGUGACAAAACAAAAGUCUACCUAACUCUGUAACAUGUGUGUAAAGAUGGUGGAUGCAUAAUAUUAGAUCUUUGAUGAUACCCGAUAUGCCAUUGUUUUCAAACAAAAUUUUGCCAACUCAGUUGAAGUCCCUAAAAUCCCUGUCUGCUGUGUAAAAAGAAACUGAGUCACACGGAAGAGGAGGAUGUCAACAGUCUGGUGGUAGUUUUAUUUGAGGCUUCCCCAAAUAUUCAUAUUGUUGUCAUAUCUGCCAGGAAGAUAAUUAACUUUAAAUUUAUCUGAUGAUACUGAUAUCAUCAGGUCCAAACUUCUAAAUACACUUCUUAUUUGGAGUCUUUCUUUACUCAUUGUCUACGAUGCUGAUAAAGGUUGAGCACUAGAACGUUUGUUAAAGUCUGCACACUGCCACUGUCCAAAAUUAAAGACCCAUAAAGGAUAUUUUUCCUUGUGCUGACUGUUCAAGUUUUACUAUAAAAGACUUUUUUGUUUUCAAUUCAGACAAGUGAAGUUAGACACCAAAAUAUCAGGUAUUUUUAAUCACUUAACUGUGACAGAGCAUGCUGGUUUGUGCCUCAGAGGUAUCUAACUUUACAUCCUUCUACAGAGUAACCCAACCAUGUAAAGACAUGUACCAGAGGUGAUUAAAAAAAAGUUCAUUUAUAAAACAGCAUUCAGACGGUUUAAUGUUUCAUACUUUUGCAGUGUCCACCU